AUGGAAAGUGUUAUCGGGCUCGUCAAUCGGCUACAACAGGUCUGUACAGCGCUAGGCGAUCAUGGCGGCGGCGACGAGACGGAUUCAGCUCUCCCCACGCUGUGGGAGCAACUCCCGUCUGUGGCCGUGGUGGGAGGCCAGUCGUCCGGUAAAUCCUCCGUGCUGGAGAGCAUCGUGGGGAAGGAUUUUUUGCCUAGAGGAUCGGGAAUUGUGACUCGGCGGCCGCUGGUGCUGCAGCUGCACAAGCAGGACGGUCCGGAAUACGCGGAAUUUAUGCACGCGCAGGGGAAGAAAAUGACGGACUUCAACUUGGUCCGGAAAGAGAUUCAAGACGAAACCGACCGCAUAACGGGCAAGACGAAGGGCAUUUCGUCGGUCCCCAUCCACCUGAGCAUCUACUCGCCGAACGUGAUUGAUCUUACGCUCGUGGAUCUGCCGGGUCUCACCAAGAUCGCGGUGGAAGGGCAGCACGAGAGCAUCGUGGCGGAGAUCGAGUCCAUGGUGCGGAAUUUCGUGGACAACCCGAACUGUAUUAUCCUCGCGAUCUCGCCCGCCAAUCAGGAUCUCGCCACGUCGGACGCGAUGAAGCUCGCGAGAGAGGUCGAUCCGCAAGGUGAUCGCACAUGGGGUGUGUUGACCAAGCUAGAUCUCAUGGACAAGGGCACCAACGCCCUCGAUAUCCUGGAGGGGCGGACGUUCAAGCUGAAGAAGCCGUGGAUCGGCGUGGUGAACCGGUCGCAGGCAGACAUCAACCGCGCCGCCGACAUGACGAGUGCGCGGCGGCGCGAGCGCGAGUUCUUCCAGACGUCCCCCGACUAUGCGCACCUGGCAUCGCGCAUGGGCACUGAGUACCUGGCCAAGAUGGUGUCCAAGCACCUUGAAGAAGUUAUUAAGUCCCGUAUUCCUGGCAUCACGGCCCUGGUGAACAACAACAUAGACGAGCUGGAGAAGGAGCUCAUGGCGUUUGGCCGGCCGAUCGGGGAUGAUGCGGGAGCGCAGCUGUACCAGGUGCUGGAGAUGAGCCGCGCCUUCUACGACACCUUCCAGGACCACCUCGACGGGCGGCGCGCCGGUGGUGACCGCAUCACGAGCGUGUUUGAGGACAAGCUGCCUGCUGCUCUCAAGAAGCUGCCGUUCGACAAGUACCUGAGCCUGCAGAACGUGCGCAAGGUGGUGGCAGAGGCAGACGGGUACCAGCCGCAUCUGAUCGCCCCUGAGAAUGGGUACCGGCGGCUGAUAGAGGGCGCGCUGCUCAUGUUCAAGGGGCCUGCUGAGGCCGUGGUGGAUGAAGUGCACUUCAUUCUCAGAGAUCUUGUGAAGGCUGCAAUAGGGGAGACACAGCAGCUGCUGCGCUUCCCAACGCUCCAGGCCCAGCUGCUGGCAGCGGCAUCAGCGGCGUUGGAGGUGUUUCGGGAGGAGAGUCGGCGCACAGCAGUGACCAUGGUGGAGAUGGAGACGUCCUUCCUCACCGUCGACUUCAUCCGCCGCCUGCCGCAAAUGGACGACGCGCCGCCGCCCAAGCGCGGGGACUUUGUCCCGCAGGGCGCCGACCGGAACUCCAUUCCCAAGGCUGUUGUCCACUGCCAGGUGCGGGAGGCGAAGCGCACGCUGCUGGACGCGUUCUACACGCAGGUGGGCAACGAGGAGGGCAAGCAGCUGUCGAAGCUGCUGGACGAGGACCCCGCGCUCAUGGCCCGCCGGCAGGCCCUCAGCAAACGCCUGGAACUGCUCCGACGGGCACGGUCCGAGAUUGACAGCGUGGGCUGGGCCAGCCGGUGA